GGUCAGAUUCUAUGUAAUUUGUUUCUCCUUUGCAUCGUGUAUCAUUUGUGCGAUGCAACUGUGUCACGGCGCUGGAAUCGCUUCGCGCCCCGUCUCGCCCUGACCCAGCUAACUGCUAGUGGGCCUCACUCAACUGACGUUGCUGCCCGCUGCCACACACCAAAACUGGAGCCCAGCAGCAGCCUGUAAGCCGCCCGCCCGCCCCAGUCCGUUUGUUUGGAUCCGACACGCGCCUCGCACCUACAACCCCACAACGACAUCUAAAGUAAAGAUAGGUACUCAGAGUCGCUCGGCCACCACCCCUCGCCAUUGACUGCAUAUUUACGAUUCGGGUAUCCAUGCAGCGCUCAUGAUGCCGUACUAGUCGCCGUGCAGCUUCUUUUCCGCAAUGGAGGAGUCCGCGCCCAAGCGCCGGCGCGUCUCCCCGCGCUCCUCUGCGGCGCCCGCCGCUACGCCGCCUUCCGAGCAAGCUCCCAUACCGCGGCGAAAGCGCCCAUCCUUCGCGUCGCCGACCAAGGCCAGCCUCUCGCGUCACAACCCGCAGAUACUCGAACGCCGCCGGUCUGCCUCCCCGGCGAAGCCUACGGCCACCGCCGGCCCCAGUGCGAGCACCCGACCCGCGGCGCGCCGCGGGAGCAACGCCAGUGAGCAGAGCAUUUCGGAUCUCUUGCGGACGCAAGCCGAGGCAGACGCAGACGCGGAGGACAUACUUGCCAGCGACCCGCCUAUUGAACAGGAUGCGACGCGUCCAAGUGAGGCCGGGCCAAGCUCCGGGGCCUCUAUAAGGAGGACGAGAGGGGGUCUAGCCGCCCCGCCGCGAAGGUCUCCGGCGAAACCGAUUCCCAGGCCACUGCCGCCGCCGGCUCCCGAAGGCGACGACGAACUGAAUCCGUUCAUAGGCCACACGCUGCGCCGGUCGCCAACGACGGGUGUCUCCAUCCCAGCGCCGCCUGAGCCCGAGCUCCCGCCAGUCGUCCCCGACGCGGUGUCGUCGACGCCGCCGCGGGGCAUUCAUAGCAGUCCAUCGCGAUGGAGAGUGCGAGACAAACCCAAGAAGAGCUCGCCGUUGAAACCGGCACCCGAGAGGCCAGCAGGUGGUCCUAGUAAGAAGCCCUCGGCGCGUACACUCACCCGCCCACCCGAGCCACUGCGUGACACAACGCUUGACCCAAACACAAGCUCAGCGCGGCAAGUCUCGGCCUUCGACCCGCUCGCAAGCAAGAAGAAAGAGAGGGAUGCGCUGCAGGCGGAGAUUGCCAAGUUGAAGCGCGACUUGGAAACAGCAAAUAAGGAGAACGAGCGCAUUCGGCUGAUGCAAUCGUCCGGGCGGACGGUGACGGCUACCAACGAGGAUGGCGUCUUGGACCUGGUGCAGCGGUCGCUCAUGGCAUCGCAAAACGCGUCUCGUCCAAGCGCUACCCAACAACUGGUACAAGCUGCGAUGAACCCGAUCGGUCUUUUGCCUUUUGGACGGGCAGUCCCAGUCACGUCUUCUAUAGGAGAGGAGGACGCCGAGCUCGACAACAUAAAGUCGCAUCAUCCAAUCUCUUUGACCGCCGAAGAGGAGAUUCCAUAUCUGGAGCUAUUCAGCCCCUUCAGCGUUACGUGCACGAUCGCGGUCCUAGGACCGUUACCAGAACACCCUCUUCGCCAGCGUCGGCUCAUCACCCUCCGAUCACGAGAUAUCCCUGGGCUGUUCACCGCAAGGCUUGAGAUGGUCAUCAACGCCAUGAGCCUCAGCAUCCUUGAACUAGGCGUGUCGGCUCUGGAGCCCGCCGCCCAGUUCGAGCUGGCACCAUUUAUCGACAAGAUAUGCUCCGGGAAGUGCAACAGAACGAUGCAGCGCAAUGUGGGCAUUCUGUCCUGGGCCAUGGGCGAGUGGUAUCGUGUGGCUGUCCAGAGAGCCAAAUUCUGGCGUGGACUUGAACAGCGAUUAGGUACAAAACAAACGCUACUUGAGACAGUUGCGAGGCGACGAGAGAGGCGACGGCAGAAGGAUGACGAAGGCGAAGACGACGGGGCAGAUACACAGCCCGCGGUCUGCGACGUUGCAGACCUGGUGCGCCUCCUCGGCCGUCAAUCGUACGACCUUGCCUUACCUGUGGGCUCAGACGAAGGAGCGUCACUACGGUUGGAGUGGAGAAUCGGCUUUGACUGGACGGGCGAAGCGCAAAGCAAAGCCGCCAUCCUGGUCGGAGUACCAGGCAAAUGGCGAGAGGCGGAUCAACGAGGCGUGCUCGGCAAGCUGCCCGCCUUGUUCAGGGAUCUGAUUGACGGCGGCCAGGAAGCCGAGUCAGCUGUGGAAACAGUGGUUGCGCUUUUGGCCAAAGCAUAGGCGCGCAGGAGUUGUAAUGAGCCACGACGGGAUGACACGGCGACAUGGAGUAUAUGGUUGUGUAUGGACGCUGGCAAUGUAGCUGCGCGCAUCAUCCGCAGGGCGCCGAGCCCGCAUGAUUAAGGUUCUUCCAUUCCCACUCUUCGCUUCUCGUCCAUGACCGAAUUCGUAGAAUAACCGGUUCGUCUCAACCAUACCGGUGCGCAGGUCGUAAUCCGCAUUUAGUCCACCGACA